GUGAUAAAGUUGGCACUUUUGUAUUUUUUAGAGCAUGUUUUAUUUGGGAAAGAAGGAAAAAAUUUAAUAGAUAUGGAAUGGGUUGCUUUGGUUGAUAAUUUGGAGGCUUUUAACAAGUAUCCAUGGGGGGGGAUUUGUUAUGAGAGGACACUAUUUGGUUUGCAAAGAGCUUUGGAGAACCGGGUAUCCAAAUACCAAGAUAAAAAGAAAGCAAAGGGAGAAGCUGCAGUUGAAGCAUAUAGUCUUGUUGGAUUUCCAUAUGCAUUCCAGGUUUGGGCAUACGAGGCUAUUCCACUUAUUGGAUUGAAAUAUGCCACUCAUGUAGCUGAGAGUUAUCCUCGAAUAUUAAAUUGGAGUGCAACAAGUGCUUCAAGGUCUACUGAGGUUGAAAAUGUCUUUCUAGAGCCUCAUUUAACUUUUCAUUCGCUUCUAACACCCACUUUAGAGGAGCAACAACAAGACUAUUACAAACAUGUAGAUAAACAAGGAGCUUCAACAGAAAUGUUGCACCAAUCAAAUGCCUCACAAGAUGCCAAGAAGGAUGACUUAAGGCAUGAAAAAAGCUCAUCUGACACUACUGCAUAUGUUGCUACUGCUACUGCUGCAAUGGCAAAAGAAACAACAAAUGAUGCAGUCGCCCCAUCAAUAGAGAAAUUAUGGAUGGAGUUUGUGAAAUUCAGACAAAGCUCAGAGUUAAAUUUCAAUCAUCUAAAGAAAGAAAUUGAAGGACUCAACUUGAAGAUGGAUGAAUUGAAACAACUUUUAUUAGAAGUUAAGAGUUCGAAUGAGGAACAUGGUAUGCAUGACACUAGAUUCAGAAAAUCUAGUACAAAAGAAAAUGAUAAUAAUAUGGGCUUUGAUUUCCAGACUGGAAUUUUUGAGGAUGUUACAGAUGAUGAAGUGGAGAGAAAUGACAUUCCCAUGGAUGUGAACAUUGAUAUGGAAGCUUCUAGAAACCUUCAGCUUGCAGAAAAACACAUGACUAAAGAGUUGAAAGAUGACUACUCUAUUGAUGAUCCAGUUAUUGAUAUUGCCAAGUUGUUUGGUACCCCAACUAUAUCGGGCGAGUUUUCAGUAUAUGUCAUACCUCACCAUCUAUCUCCUGCCAUUUUUAAGCGAAGGCGUGAGAUUAAAAAGUCUCAUAUCUUGCAGCACCCUUUCACAGAUCCCACCAAGAGAAAGAAACUAAGAAAAGAGAUUGAGAAACCAUUAACUUCAUUUGAUCCUUUGCGUCCAAUCUCUGAAGAAGCAUUAGAGUCCUUUCAAAAGUGGAUGAGUGAUGACCAAGGGUCCACAAUUGACAUUGACUACAUGCAUAUAGAUAAAAAAUGGUUUCAAUCACUGUCUAAUCAUGGUUCAUGGCUUGCUGACACGCACAUUGAUGUUGCCUUCUUCUUUUUCCGGAAGCGGCGAAUAGAAAAUCCUCAUCUUUUUUCCCAAAAGUUUACCACAGUGGAUACUAUGUUUUGGCAAAAUGCUCAAGCAAGAUGGAUUAAGCAUGGUAAGAAGUGGAACCAAUUCAAAUUACCAGAGAAUGACAUCCUUAUUGAUUAUGCCAAUGGUUUGCAGCCUCUUUAUUCUGUCAAAUGGCCUGAUGUUGACAUUGUGUAUGUCCCUAUCAAUGUUCGGGCUAGUCACUGGGUAUUAGGAGUUGUCCAUCUUCAUCGAAGGAUUAUAUACGUAUAUGACUCAUUGAUGGGCAUCAAUAAUAAUGCAAGAUUGCAAGUUGCCAUUAAACCAUUAGCCAAAUUGUUGCCACAUAUAUUGAAUGCAAUAGCAUAUUAUGGUUUUCAUGGUGACACAAAAGUUAACUACCAGGAAUGGGAAAUUGAACGGCUGCAAGAUAUUCCUCAACAGGAAAAUGAUGGUGAUUGUGGCAUGUUUGUUAUCAAAUAUGUUGAAUACUUGAUGCACAACCAUCCAUUGAAGUCAUUAACAAGUGCACGAAUGGACUGGUUUCGGGAAAAGAUGGCAGCAGAGUUAUUUUAUAUGAAAUACUUGCCUAUGUAAUGAAUUCAUGUUGAUAUUUCACAUUUUGAUAAUGUAGUUGGAUGGUUUGUUAUAUGUAAUUGGAUAGCUUCAUAUAUGUAGUUAGACAUUUUGAUAAAUGUAGUUGGACAGGUUGAUAUAUCUACUUGGAUAUUUUGAUGAA